AUGCCUUCUCCCGAAGUUGUGACAUUUUACAUCCCGGGACAAGAGCCCGACACUCGGAUCACCAUUUUUCAGCUCAAAGAAUUGCGAGUUCACUCUAGUAUUCUGAAGCUUUAUUCUGCUUACUUCCGGAAGUUUAUGGACUCUCCUGACAAAGAAUCGGCUCCUCCCAGCGCAAUGUGGAAAUAUGACUGGACUGGAAAGGUUGAGCAAGAUGGUAGCUGGUAUGUUGUUGAUAGAAGAGGUCAAGAAUCCAAGAAACAACGAGGUGCAACUAGCUGUAGUGAUCUGGAUAUUAUGGCCUUUGAAAAUAUCAUCAUGAGUAUGUACCAAAAGCCUUACGAAAUCACAAGCACAGCGCAUUUGCAAGAGAUUACAGCCUUGGCCGAUUUCUACCGUUGCCUACCCGUGGUAUCAAAUUCUCUCUACUCAGCCUUCUUCCGCAGCCCGAAACUUCUUGCCAAUAUAAAAGAUCAUAGGGAGCUGUUGCUAGAAUUGUCAUGUAAACUAAGACAUCGCGAGCUUUUCAACGACUGCCUCGUUCUGAUUUCUGGGUAUUGGCCUCCCGACCAGCUACCAUUCAAGACAAAAAUAGAGGAUAAAAGACUUGCAAGGCUGGCUGAGAACGUACACAACCGAGUGGGAGCAGUCCUAGCCAGAAGUAUACAGAACAUACUUGUGAACAAGUCCGCGCCAGAUGCUGGAAAACUUUUAAAUGCUGCAGUAUCUGUAACCAGAGGCUCACUCGUACAAUACCACAAAUUUCUUUUACUCUCGGAUAUCAUGAAAGAUAUCACCAAAAACAAACUAAAGUUGAAUACUUCUGCAGUAGCUGGGGAGGGGGAAUAUAUCCACAACUUUCUAUUCAUUGAAUUGGAGGAGGAAGAUAUUCCUUGGGAUACUACUGAGACUGACUGGUAA